CUGUUGAUGUAAGUAUGGUUAUAUUUUUGAAUGCUAAAAAACUGUGUUCAAGAAGUGAUGAAAGUAACGUGAAAAAAAUUGGCAGAAUUUUUCAAAAUAAUAUAAAAGAAUUGAAAUUAAGACACAGUCGACAUUUAUCAUGCAUUAUUAAUCAAAAUGAAAUGUUUCAAGCUAUUGAACAAGGUGACAUAAGAAAGUUAGAAGAUGCAAUUAAUAAAGGUGCAGAUAUCAACGGGACAGAUCAUCAUGGGUGGAGUUCUCUACACUACGCAGCUAAAGGAGGUAAUUUAGCUAUUUUUCAGCAUUUAAUACAUCUAAGGAUAAAAAAUAAAUUUAGAAAUAUAAAUGGAGAAUCUCCGCUACAUAUUGCAGCUAGACAUGGACAAAUUGAAAUUGUCAAAUGGCUUAUAAAUGAUGUAAGAAACCCUGAAGUUGAAGAUUUUUCAAAGAUCACUCCUUUAUUCCUUGCAGUUGGUUAUAACAACAAAGAAAUCGUCAAAUUACUAUUGCCAUAUAAUAAUAAAUCUUCAUUUAAAGAUUUGAUCCAAUUUGCGGUGUUGAAUAAUAGUAAAGAUGUUAUUGAGUUUUUAGUGGAAAAUAGUAACGAAGACGUACAUUGUUGUCAAACUUUUGAUAAGCAAACCCCACUACAUGUAGCGGCAAAAAAUGGGUACGCAGAACUGACAGAAUAUCUAAUUAGUCUUCAACCUGAUGUAAAUUGUCGUUCGGAUGGAGAAGUAACACCUUUGUUUGAAGCAGCCCUCUAUGGUCAUGUGAAAACGGUAAAAAUAUUACUUUCAAAUAAAGCGGAUGUCAAUAUUGGUAAUAACAGUGGAACCACAGCGCUGCACGUAGCUGCUCAACAUGGACAUGAAGAAGUCGUUCAAGUUUUGCUUGAAAAUGGUGCAGAUGUUCAUAAGACCGAUACAGAUCGACAUACAGCUCUUCAUUUUGCAGCAAAAAAUGGAUCUCUUAAUAUCGUUAAGUUAUUGGUAAAAUACAAGAUUGAUGUUAACGUUGAAUCUAAGAGCUUUGAAACUCCCCUUCUUCUUGCAGCUUUCAAUGGUCAUUCUGAGGUAGUUCAACUUUUGCUGGCAAAUAAAGCUUUAGACACGCCGCAAAGAAAUUCUGAGAAUUCAGUCGUGCACUUUGCUGCUAGAAGCGGUAAUAUUGAACUAAUAAGAUUUUUACUUCGACAAAAAAAACAACUACAUAAAAAAAAUGCAAAUAAUCAUAAUCCACUAUAUUUAGCGGCAUCACAUGGUCAUCUCGAAGUUGUUAAAUUUCUGGUUGAGCGCGGUGCUAGUUGUCUCAAUUCAACUACUGAUAACGGCUAUAAUCCACUGCACGCGUGUAUACGUAACAAUCAUCCGGAAGUCGUUAAAUUUUUCAUCAGUCAAAAAGUAGAACUUGAUUUAAGGGUGGGAGAAUCCUCAACUCCCAUAAGUAUUGCUGCUCAUUAUGGCUUUUAUGAAAUUGUAAAAUUAUUGGUUGAAGCUGGUUGUAAUUUUAACGUUAAAAAUGCAGCUGGUGUGACACCUCUGCAUCAAGCCCUAAUGAAAAAUCAUCUGAAGAUAGCAGAAUAUCUAUUAACUCAACAUGUUGAUGUUAUGGCAGCAACAUCUGAGAAGAAGCUACCAAUUCAUGUAGCACUAGAAGGUAAUCUAUUUAGCGUAGUCGUCACUCUAUUAAACAAAAACAAACAUUCGGUUAAUUAUCAGGACCAUUUUAAUGAAACCCCUUUGUAUAUGGCGUGUAAAUGGAACCAUCCUGAAUUGGUACAACUUUUAAUAAACAACGGAGGAAAAAUAAUUUAUGGUAAUAAGCAUUGUAUGGAUCCAGCUGUUAGUUCUGGAAGCAAAGACGUUAUAGAUGUAUUAUUUAAGAUCGGGGUCUAUGUUCACGGUGUACUACCUGGUGGAGUACCAUUUCUUCAUCGAGCUGUCGAAUUUGAACAAAUUGAUAUUGUUAAAAUGCUAGUUGCUAAAAAAGUAGAUGUUAAUGCUUUUUCAGCUGUUAAAGAAACAGCACUUAUGAUCGCUGCAUAUUAUAACUUUACCGACAUAGUUGAUUUUUUGUGGAAAAACAAAGCUAAUCCACGCUUAAAGAAUGAAAGUAAUCUCUCCGCUUUAGACGUUUCAAUUAUGAGAAAUAGUCUUAAUACAUUCUACUUAUUAUUUGAAUUAUUUAAAGUGGAAGUUACCGAUCAAACAAAUUCUGAAUUCAAACCCUUACAUGUUGCAGCUUUUUACGGUAGAGCUGAAAUUGUCAGAUUUUUAAUUAAAAAUAAAUUUGAUGUUAAUGAUCUUAAUUUAAAUGGAUUGACACCUUUACAUACGGCUGCUAGAAGUAACAAUGCAUUUAUAGUUGAAAUUUUGUUGGAGCAUGGUGCACAUUAUGAUUCUGAAAACUCCGAGAAUAAAAAACCAAUAAAUUUAACACAAGAUGAAUUAACAUUCUUUACACUUGAAAUAAUAGAUAGUUUGUUUACUUGUGUUAAAGAAGGUGAUUACAUUGGGUGUUUGGAUUGUUUGAGACGAAAUGCUGUUGUAAAUGCCAAAAGUUCUACUUCUAUAACACCAUUGCAUUACGCAUGCCAGAAUGGUUUUUCUGAUAUUGUUAGACUUUUACUAGAGUUCAAUGCUGACAUAGACAUAACAGCUAACUAUGGUACACCUCUUGUAUAUGCUGUUCUAUUCGAUCAUUAUGAGGUUGUUAAAACUUUACUAAAGUACGGUGCGGUUUAUAAUGUGACAACUGAAUUUGGCGGCAACUCUUUAGCGCGUUUGUCAGAAAAUUUGGAUAUUAUUUAUCUUUUAGAACUUAUUGACAAAGUAUUUGAUGCCGUUAAAGAAUGUGACACAAGCAUAGUUGAUGAGAUAAAAAAAAUUAAAGAUCUUGAUAUUUUGCAGUGUAUACUGAGUACUCGUAAUAAAAACAAUAAACAAUUAUAUCUUGAAGCACAAACUAGUAAAUUUCCAGAGUACAAAUUGGCUGAAAUUUAUGGAUGGGAAGCUUAUUUAUUAAUUGAAAAAUACAAUUAAAAAAAAAUAUCAUUGUGCCAAGAAUAUUAAUAAAAAUUACAAUAAUUUUGCGAAGUUUUAGAAUUGUAUAAAAUAAAUGAUGGAAUUUUUUCUCGAUUUUACGAUGACUUGUUAAUUUUAUACUAUUAUUUACACAAAAAUGUAUUGACAAAAAAUUUCACAAUAACGAUAAGAAGAUAAUUAAAGCUUAAUAAUGGAAAUUUAAGCGAUUUUGUAAUCAUAUUAUAGGUUUAUAGAAAACUAAUUCUAUA